AUUCUCAAUCCUAUCCCAAAAUUUUAAGCUUAUUCAAUACCCAAAACAACACAAUAAAGCAAUUGAAAUAAAAGCAAUCAGACAAAAUCCCAAAAUUCUUUUGAGUGUUUGUUAGGCUAAAACCGCUAUAGGAAAAAACCAAACACAAAGCUAGAACAAUCCCACUUCUUUUUUUUGUUUCUUUUCAUUUCUGUUUCCUUUUUAACUUUGCCAAAUCUGGCAACCUUAGAAGGAUUGAGGGCUCGUUCAUCCCAUAAACAAGAGAUCCUCGAUAUUGACAACGAAGACGAAGAGUGUAGGCCUUGGCGUCGAAGGUUGUCAAUGGCUUUCACCUGGGGUUCCUCUCUCAGGAUUACUCUUCUUCUCCUUCUUAUUGCUGCUAUUGUUUUCGCUUGUUUCACCCUCCCUGUUGAAAAGAUUCUGAAGGAUUUUUUGUUAUGGGUUGACAAGGAUCUUGGACCUUGGGGUCCACUUGUGCUGGCUGUUGCUUAUAUUCCUUUGACAGUCUUGGCCGUUCCAGCUUCAGUGCUUACCCUUGGUGGUGGUUAUCUUUUUGGAUUGCCUGUGGGCUUUGUUGCAGAUUCUAUUGGUGCAACCCUUGGUGCGGGAGCGGCAUUCCUUCUUGGCAGAACAAUUGGGAGAUCAUUUGUUGUUUCUAAGUUGAAGGAUUAUCCUCAGUUCCGGUCAGUAGCACUUGCAAUACGGAGAUCUGGCUUUAAGAUCGUUUUGCUGCUUCGACUUGUACCCUUACUCCCAUUCAACAUGUUGAAUUAUCUGUUGUCCGUGACUCCUGUUCCUAUUCUAGAAUACAUGCUGGCCUCCUGGUUAGGAAUGAUGCCAAUAACACUUGCUUUAGUUUAUGUCGGAACAACACUCAAGGAUCUUUCUGACGUGACACAUGGAUGGAGUGAGUUUUCAACUACUCGUUGGGCAUUUCUCAUAUUGGGCCUUUCUGUGUCUGUGGUUUUAAUGAUUUGUGUGACUAGAGUUGCCAAAUCGGCUCUAGAUAAAGCCUUGGCCGAAAAUGAGGAUAUUGAUAGCAUCGUAGGCUCACCACCGUUGCCUAUCGUGGGUGAAGCACCCACAGAUUUCCACCAGCCUCUUAUAAUUAAGAUAGAUGCUGCUGCUGCCAAUGAAGGUCAUGAAAAAUGAAGUAAAAUUACCUGUAAAUUCUUCUCUCCUCUUCUUUUAUAUGCUGUGAUUCAAUUUCUUUGCUUGUUGGUUUAGUUCUCCAUAGAAAUAGCUGAUUAUACAAUGGAGUUGUUGUUGCGAAUAAGCAAUUUAAGUUUAGUUCAGUGAAUGAGAAAGAAUGAAACAAUUGAGAUAUUGUUGAGAGUA